GCGAAGAGCUCGAGCGAGCGAGAGGAGGUCCAGGAGAGGAGGGUGUCGGCUCCGUCGCGGGGGCGCGGCCUCUCGGCGACCCCAGGGCCUCCCGCUGCCUCCCCGGCGCAGCGGGCGGGCCGGGCAGGCUGGGCCGGCGGCGCCGGCGGGAUGUGCGUGCGCCCGCACUCGCGCAAAUACGGCGGAGGAGUCCAGGGCCUUUUCCGAGAAGUCUGCCGAGUUGGGCUCAGUCCGCGGAGAGCGCGCGCGCGGCCGGGUCUGCGCUCCUCGGAGGGCGGGCGGCAGGGAGGGCGCCGCUCCCCGGCGGCGACCCAGGCCCGGCCCCACCAUGGGUUUCGAGCUGGACCGCUUCGACGGCGACGUGGACCCGGACCUGAAGUGCGCGCUGUGCCGUAAGGUGCUGGAGGACCCGCUGACCACGCCGUGCGGCCACGUCUUCUGCGCGGGCUGCGUGCUGCCCUGGGUGGUGCAGGAGGGCAGCUGCCCGGCGCGCUGCCGCGGCCGCCUUUCGGCCAAGGAGCUCAACCACGUGCUGCCUCUCAAGCGCCUUAUCCUCAAACUGGACAUUAAGUGCGCGCACGCGGCGCGGGGCUGCGCCCGGGUGGUCAAGCUGCAGGAGCUGCCUGAGCACUUGGAACGUUGUGACUUUGCCCCCGCGCGCUGCCGCCACUCGGGGUGCGCCCAGGUGCUGCUGCGCCGCGACCUGGAGGCGCACAUGCGGGACGCGUGCGACGCGAGACCCGUGGGCCGCUGCCAGGAGGGCUGCGGGCUGCCCCUGACGCGCGGGGAACUGCGUGCGGGCGGCCACUGCUGCGCGCGGGCUCUGCGGGCGCACAACGGCGCGCUGCAGGCCCGGCUCGCCGCGCUGCACAAGGCGCUCAAGAAGGAGGCUCUGCGCGCGGGCAAGCGUGAGAAGUCGCUGGUGGCCCAGCUGGCCGCGGCGCAGCUGGAGCUGCAAAUGACCGCCCUGCGCUACCAAAAGAAGUUCACCGAGUACAGCGCGCGCCUGGACUCGCUCAGCCGCUGCGUGGCCGCGCCAGCCGUUGGCAAGGGCGACGAGACCCAGAGCCUGACCCUGGUCUUGCACCGCGACGCCGGCUCCCUUGGCUUCAACAUCAUCGGCGGGCGGCCGUGUGCGGACAACCAGGACGGGCCCCCCAGCGAGGGCAUCUUUGUCUCCAGGGUCGUGGAUGGUGGGCCCGCGGCCAGGGACGGCGGCCUGCAGAUUCACGACAGGAUCAUCGAGGUCAACGGCAAAGACUUGUCCAGAGCGACGCAUGACCAGGCCGUGGAGGCGUUCCGGACGGCCAGAGAGCCCAUCGUGGUGCAGGUGCUGCGGAGGGCGCCGCCGGCCCGGGCCCUCCCGGCCCCGUCGGACUCGCAGCUGGUGGACGCGGGCACCCAGACCGACAUCACCUUCGAGCACAUCAUGGCCCUCUCCAAGAUGCCCCCGCCCCCGCUGCCCGCCCUGGAGCCCUACCUCCUGCCGGAGGAGCACGCCGAGGCUCACGAGUACUACGACCCCGGCGACUACCAUCAGGACGCCGACAGGGAGGAGCUGGAGCUGGAGGAAGUGGACCUGUACCGAGUGAACAGCCAGGACAAGCUGGGCCUCACCGUGUGCUACCGGACAGACGACGAGGACGACAUCGGGAUCUACAUCAGCGAGAUCGACCCGAACAGCAUCGCGGCCAAGGACGGGCGCAUCCGGGAAGGGGACCGCAUCAUCCAGAUUAACGGGAUAGAGGUGCGGGACCGGGAGGAGGCCCUGGCUCUUCUCACUAGCGAAGAAAACAAGAACUUCUCCUUGCUGAUUGCGAGACCCGAGCUCCAGCUGGACGAGGGCUGGAUGGACGACGACCGGAACGACUUCCUGGACGACCUGCACGUGGACAUGCUGGAGGAGCAGCACCACCAGGCCAUGCGGUUCACCGCGGGCGCGCUGCGGCAGAAGAAGCACGAAGAAGAUGGGGGAACCACAGACACAGCCACCAUCCUGUCCAACCAGCACGAGAAGGACAGCGGUGUGGGCCGCACGGACGAGAGCACGCGCAACGAUGAGAGCUCGGAGCCCGAGAACAACGGCGAGGAGGCACCCGCGUCCUCCGUCCCGCUGGCCGGGCCGAGGACGCGCACGUGCAGCCAAGACACGCUGGGCAGUGGAGACCUGCCUUUUGGAGGCGAGUCCUUCCUCUGGGCCGACUGCGCUGAAGCUGCCGAGUGCGAGCGCUUCCGCCGGCUGCUGGAACUCAAGUGCCCGGGUCAUGGCGCCCCCGAGAGCGCGGACGGGGAGCUGGGACUGCUGGACGCCGAGCUGCUGGAGCUCAAGUGCCCGGGACAGGACGCGGGCGCAGGCAGGGGUGCCCCUGAGAGCGUGGACCAGGAGCUGGAGCUGCUGAACGCUGAGCUGCGCAGCAUCGAGCUCGAGUGCCUGAGCGUCGUGCGCGCGCACCGGGCGCGGCAGCUGCGCGAGGCCUGGAUGCUGCACCCUGGCGGCUUCCGUGGCUGCGACGCAGAGCCUGAGGGCCGCAGGCGGGAGCUGUCGGACAUCACCGAGCUCCCCGAGAAGUCAGACAAGGACAGCUCGAGCGCCUACAACACCGGGGAGAGCUGCCGCAGCACCCCACUCGCCCUGGACAUGUCCCCGGACAGCUCCCUGAGGAGAGGAGCAGAGGGGACCGCGGGGGCCUGCGGGCCGUCCCUCGAGAGUCCGCUGUGCAUCACGGAGGACGCAGACUUGCGCCCCGCUCCACAGAGCCCUGAGCACAGCCCUGGAGACGGCCCCAGCCCCGCGCCCUCGGCGCAUCCACCCCACAAGCUGGCCCACAUUCCAGCGCACGCACGGCGCUACCGCAGCUACAUGCAGCUGGUGCAGCAGAAGUCUGCGGUGGAGUACGCGCACAGCCAGGUGAGCCUGCUCGGCGUGUGCAAGGACCUUGGCCCCGUCUGCCCCUCGGAGCCCCGCACCGAGUGGAAGGUGAAGGUGCGCAGCGACGGCUCCCGCUACAUCACCAAGCGGCCCGUGCGUGACCGCCUGCUGCGGGAGCGGGCACUGCGGAUCCGUGAGGAGCGCAGCGGCGUGACCACGGACGACGACGCGGCCAGCGACAUGAAGCUGGGCCGCUACUGGAGCCGCGAGGAGCGCAAGCAGCACGUGGCGCGCGCCCGGGAGCAGCGGAGGCGGCGCGCGCUCCUCCUGCAGAGCCGGCUGGAGGGUCCCCGGGAGCAGCCUGCGGAGGAGGACAGGAGGGAGGUGAGCAUCCUGGAGCUGAGCCACAAGAAGAUGAUGAAGAGGAGAAACAAGAAAAUACUGGAUAACUGGAUGACGAUCCAGGAGCUCCUGACCCACGGCACCAAGUCCCCGGACGGCACUAGGGUGUACAAUUCCUUCCUCUCGGUGACGACUGUGUGAGCGCUGUGCUGGGCGGCAGGUCUUUGUCCCUGGGUCACGAGGUGGUGUUCGAGGCCCCUCUGUGCAGCGCCGGGUCGGAUCUAUUUUAAUGAAGUAGAGACAGACCGCCCUGACCUGCCUCGGAAGGCGAUGUUAGCAAACAGGGCCCUUUGCAAAUAGCAGUGGUACUUUUUUACUCGUUACCUUUUACAUAAAGUGUUUAAAUUUCAAAAAGAUCUUUUUAUUAAGCAUACUUUCGCAGAAUAAUUUGUUUAAACUGUAUUCAGAUAAAGAGAAGUUAAACACG